GUGAGUGUGUGUGCGCGCGCGCGCGUGCGUGUGUGGGGGAGUGUAACACAUGAGUUGCGACUCAAAAGGAGUUGGGGGGGCCUCGGAAAGGAAAAAAAAAGCCAUUUUCCCAAGCCCGCCAUAGCAAGUUGCAACCAAACCCACCAGCCCCAUUGAUUCUGCAAAACAGGGCACAUUUUCCCCCUCCUUCCUCUUAAGAUUAUUCCCCCCUCCUUUCCUUCCCACACCCGAAUUAACAAGCUUUUUUGUUUUGUUUUACUUGUUUUGGCCAUCAAGAUCGAAUAAGAAACUUUCUCAUUGGCCGUGGUUUUAAGAAUCUGUUAAAAGUUUCAUCACCCUCCUUCCCCACCCGGCGUGUGAGAUUUUUUUUCUUCUUCCCCCCCGUCGUCGUCUUCUCGCCCUCCCACCUCCCGAGACUCCCUCCCUUUUUGGACCUACCCAACAUUUUGUGCAAAACGCAUCAGCCAUGAACAAGCUGUACAUUGGGAACCUCAACGAGAACGUUACUCCGGCGGAUCUGGAGAAAGUCUUCAACGACCACAAAAUCUCUUUCUCUGGCCAGUUCCUGGUGAAAUCUGGCUAUGCCUUUGUCGAUUGCCCAGAUGACCAAUGGGCCAUGAAAGCCAUCGAAACUUUUUCUGGCAAAGUGGAGCUGCAUGGAAAACAGCUCGAGAUUGAACACUCGGUACCUAAAAAGCAAAGGAGCCGGAAAAUUCAAAUAAGAAACAUCCCCCCUCAGCUACGAUGGGAGGUAUUGGACGGUUUGCUAGCCCAGUAUGGUACUGUGGAAAACUGUGAACAAGUAAAUACGGACAGUGAGACAGCGGUUGUCAAUGUCACCUACUCCAACCGGGAACAGACUAGACAAGCCAUCAUGAAACUCAAUGGCCACCAAUUGGAGAACCAUGCACUCAAGGUCUCCUACAUCCCUGAUGAGCAAACUGCGCAGGGUGCCGAGAAUGGCCGUCGAGGGGGCUUUGGAACACGGGGUGCCCCAAGGCAAGGUUCUCCCGUGGCUUCUGGAGCCCCUGUGAAACAACAACCAGUAGACAUCCCCCUCCGGCUUCUUGUUCCCACACAGUAUGUGGGAGCCAUUAUUGGUAAAGAAGGCGCCACCAUCCGUAACAUUACAAAGCAGACACAGUCCAAGAUCGAUGUACACCGAAAAGAAAACGCUGGGGCAGCAGAGAAGGCAAUCAGCAUCCAUUCAACCCCAGAGGGUUGCUCAGCUGCUUGCAAGAUGAUCCUGGAAAUUAUGCAGAAGGAGGCCAAGGACACAAAGACUGCUGAUGAAGUGCCCCUGAAAAUCCUGGCCCAUAACAACUUUGUGGGAAGACUGAUUGGUAAAGAGGGUCGCAACCUGAAGAAGGUGGAGCAGGACACAGAGACAAAAAUCACCAUCUCCUCUCUGCAGGACUUGACGCUGUACAACCCUGAAAGGACCAUCACUGUCAAAGGCUCGAUUGAGAACUGCUGCAAAGCAGAGCAAGAGAUCAUGAAGAAAGUAAGGGAGGCCUAUGAGAACGACGUGGCAGCUAUGAGUCUACAGUCACACCUGAUACCUGGCCUCAAUUUAGCUGCUGUUGGCCUUUUCCCUGCCUCUUCCAAUGCAGUGCCACCUCCUCCAAGUAGUGUCUCUGGAGCAGCCCCGUACAGUUCUUUCUUGCCUCCUGAACAAGAAACAGUGCACGUCUUUAUCCCUGCCCAGGCUGUGGGUGCAAUCAUUGGCAAGAAGGGACAGCACAUCAAACAGCUGUCCAGAUUUGCAAGUGCCUCCAUCAAGAUUGCUCCUGCCGAGACACCCGAUUCCAAAGUGCGAAUGGUGAUAAUCACUGGACCACCAGAAGCCCAAUUCAAGGCUCAAGGGCGAAUUUAUGGAAAGCUUAAAGAAGAGAACUUUUUUGGGCCCAAAGAAGAAGUGAAACUGGAGACACACAUCCGUGUCCCUGCUUCAGCUGCAGGGAGAGUCAUUGGCAAAGGAGGCAAAACAGUAAAUGAACUGCAGAACCUGACAGCAGCCGAGGUAGUUGUUCCACGGGACCAAACCCCUGAUGAAAAUGAACAAGUCAUUGUCAAAAUCAUUGGACAUUUCUAUGCCAGCCAGAUGGCGCAGCGCAAAAUACGCGAUAUCCUCGCUCAGGUGAAACAACAGCAUCAGAAGGGACAGAACAGCCAGACACAAGCACGAAGGAAAUAAGAAUUUGCUUUACCCUGAGUGUGUGAGAGAAAAAGAGAGUGAGAGAGAGAUUGAGAGAGAGAGAGAGAAAGAGAGAGAUGGACAAACAAAUGACAUUGACAACGGAUGACACAAAGCCAGGCAGAGUGAUGAGCUGGUGCAGAACCCUAAGAGUGGCUGGGAAUCAGUUUACCGUAGGCGGGUAUUAGUAAUUUUCUUAUAGACGGGUGAAUUCAGGUCUCAUGAGCCAAAGGCAGUUCUAAUUGGCUCCUCAGGCAUCCUGUGGGUGUAUGCUUUUAUGCACACAAAAACACACAAAUAUCUAUUUCAGGGGCGAAACUUAGAUCAGCCAAUAUUGGGGGGGAAUUCCAGACAUGAAAAAAGACACGAGAUUGUCCAGAGGACAGAAGUGUUCGCUCAUGCAAUCUGUUGUGCCUUUACCAGAGUGAUGGCACACACACACACAAAUUAGCAUCCCCCCCCGUAUUCCCAAUGCAGAUCAUGUUAGGGUUUAUUUGAACCACUUUCUCUAGGGCAAUCUUCCUCAGCCUUUUAUUUCCUUGAUGUUUGGGCCGUUGAAUAUACUGAGUGGGUCUGGAGGGCACCCAAAGGCUGCACUGUAGUAUCCAAUGAACCUUCCCUCCUUUGGUUAUUCCGAUUCUUGUUGAUUUUUGUGACUUGUCAAUUGCUCUUGUUCAGGGACUGGUUGUCUGCAUUUACACAGACUUAUCCCUGUGCAGUUGGAGCUUUCCCUACAGUACUAGCCCUACAGUACUAGGGCAAGAUGCUGUGACUAGCAUUGCCUUGGUUAUAAAAUCAGCCUGAGGGCGAGGGAUUUACAUGUUUUCUAUUCAAGCUCUUUGUGUUUUCUGGCAAGCAAGGCUACAUGGUUACUAGUAGGUCCUGUUUAAUUUCCAGACACCAAAUGUAUUCCUCUGCAUACCAGUUUCAGAAAUAGAAAUAACUGUGAAGAGUUCUGCGAUCCUGCCUGAUCCCACAUGCCAAAUUGUUCCAUGUUGAGACUUGAGGGAUUAGUAAAGGAAGCCAAAGGAUGUCUCUAGACCCACAGGCCCUCAGCUUCCCACUGCACAAAGCUUGAGUCAGUUUGUCCUCCCCAAAUCCCCCAACCACAGUAGUCAUUCUGGGUGGAGGAUUAUGGAAAUUACCCUUUUCCAAGCUCUGUUGACACAGAAGAAGAAUUUACCUCAGCUUUUCACCCCAGGGUACACGCACAUGUUCUUGAGAGGUUCUCUGUCACUUUAUGGAUUUAUUUUUUUAGCAUAAUUGUUUCUGCCUAUUCAUGGGGUUACCUUUGAAAUGAUCGAUGUGGAAGGAAGGGAGAAGGUUCCCUUCCAGAUUGGCCAUGGGAUCCCAGUUGACUUAAAAAUAAAUACACAUGGGGAGGUAGAACAAGACAAUACCUGCUGUUUCGGUAUUCUCUUUCCUAGAAAAUAUUUUGUGGUUUAGUUCAAAUAUUUAUACCAAACCAUGGUUUGUUUACCCAUAGUUUAGAAUUUAAAUCAUGAUUCAAUUUUCUGGACAAUUAUGCAGAUCAUAGUUUAGGAAAGCUUGCUGCUUCUCAUUUGCUAACUGUUCCCUUUUCUUUCAUAACUGGGCACUACAGGACUAGAGGAGCGGCCAUGACUUUUUUUUGGCCAGUUCAGGCAUCAUCUCAAAUCAUAGUUUGCAAAAACCCACUACAAAUCUGGGUUUCUGAUUUUUUUGUUGUUGUUGUUGGCAGUUUGUAAAUAAGAGCAUUGCAUCAAAAAUAUUUAAGCCUCCUUUGCAAGUCCACCUAUUUGCCUAGAAGUAAACUCUGUUGAAGCCACCAUUGCUUAUUUCUGAGUAGACACAUGUAGACUUGUGCUGUUAACCAUGGUUUGGGAUAAAUUGAGUUAGUUCUCUUAAAAGCCAUUCAUUAGGGAAGAAAAUUCAUUCUUUCUCUCACUCCUUCACUCACUCCCUGGCUCAACUAUUUUAAGUCUUAAGCCAGAGAAAGUAUUUAAAUUACUGGAAAAUCAAGUAAUGAAGAACACCAAUGGUGUAAACUCUUAACGAGCAAGCCUGGUGGAAUGAGUCAUUAAAAUUGCUGAACACAGAAAUGGUAUCAAAGGUAUUAUAGAAAAAUUACAAUAAUGAACUACCAGUAUCAAGUCACCAGUUUCAAGUUCUUUUUAGUUAAUUUUUUAAAAAACUGUGAGUUAGAUCCCAGGGGUUUCCUUCAAUGAUGGAAGUGUCUCUUGAUCCAACCCAUUUUUUUUGUGGGUUUUUCGGGCUCUUUGGCCGUGUUCUGAAGGUUGUU